UACAUUUGGCCAAUGUUUGUAAAUGUUUGGUGGGUAGAUGUCAAUAUCCAUUUAAUCCUACAUUCAAUGCCAAAGUGAAAGGCUUGACGAAUUACAUACCAUCCUCUCAGAUUCAUCCUUCUCAAAUCUCAUUUGGCCAUCUGAAAAAGAAUCAUUGAUUGUUGUUGUUCUAUAAUGGCGGAGGCAUUUCUUCGAGUCCUUCUUGAUACUCUGAGCUCUCUUAUCAAGAAGGAGAUCGGACUGAUCUUGGGCGUCAAUGAUGAGAUGAAGAAGCUCUGCCGCACUUUCACUGCUAUCCAAGCAGUGUUGGAGGAUGCUGAAGACAAGCAAAUUGAGAGCAAGCCAAUCCGAAACUGGUUGGAGAAGCUCAACGCUAUUGCUUACGAGGUUGAUGACAUAUUGGAUGAGUGCAACACUCAUGUCUCCAAACUCAACCACUCUCAUUCCAAACUCAGCCGCUACAGCCUCAAGAAAUUGUUGUAUCGCCACAACAUCGCAAGGAGGAUGAAGCAGGUUAACGAGAAAGUGGAGGCCAUUGCUGCGGAGCGCAAUAGGUUUCAUCUGCGCGAGAUGCCUAUUGAUAGGCCAAGAGAAGUUGCUAUUGCGUCACGUGAGACAGCUUCCCUGUUGAAUGAGCCUGAUAAGAUUUAUGGCAGGGACGAAGAUAAAGACAAGAUUGUGAAGACGUUGUUGAAUGAUGUGAAGAACAGGCAUGAGAUGUCUGUGCUGCCAGUUAUCGGUGUUGGCGGCCUUGGGAAGACCACUCUCGCUAGACUAGUCUUCAAUGAUCUGCAGGUGGAAGAGCACUUUGAUCUAAGGAUUUGGGUUUGCGUCUCUGAUAAUUUUGAGAUGAAGACUUUGGUGAAGGCCAUGAUUGAAUCUGCCACGGGAAGAGGAAAAGCUUCGAAUCUGCAGUACUUGGAUGCCGCAGAGCGUCGCCUCUGGGAAUUGUUGAACAAGAAAAGAUACUUGAUUGUAUUGGAUGAUGUUUGGAAUGACAACCAGGAUAAAUGGGAUGAGCUGAGAAAGGUUCUGUCAUGUGGCUCAGCAGGCUCGUCUAUCGUCGUCACCGCACGCCAGAAGAAGGUUGGUGAUAUAAUGAAAACACUCCCAUGUCAUUGUCUUGAGGGGCUGUCAGAUAAGCAUUGUUGGACGUUGCUGCAGCAACGCGCCUUUGAACCAGGAGAAGAGGUGUCUCCACAGCUGGAGAUAAUUGGGAAACAGAUCGUGAAGAAAUGUGCUGCUGGAGUGCCCCUGGCUGCUACCGCACUUGGUGGAAUCCUACGGUUUAAAAGAACGGAAGAGGAAUGGAUAUAUGUGAGAGACAAUGAUAUAUGGAAGUUGUCGCCUGAGGAGAGUUUGAUAGUGCCAGCUUUGCGAUUGAGUUAUCAUCAUCUUCCGUUGGAGCUUAGGCAAUGCUUUGCUUAUUUUGCAGCAUUUCCUAAGGACCAUUACAUUGAAAAAGAAGAACUGGUUCUUCUAUGGAUGGCUCAUGGCUACAUUUCAUCAAAGGAGACUUUACAAGUGGAAGAUGUUGGAAAUCAAAUAUGUAAUGAGCUACUACUCAGAUCGCUUCUACAAACAAAUGUGUAUAACAAGAGUGAGAUUGGUAUGCACGAUCUCGUUCAUGAUCUGGCAGAAUCAAUAAUGGAGAACAAAGUUCCUGGAGUACAAAGUGAAAGAAAUCUCACAAGUGCAUCAACUAUCCGCGAGGUAAAUUUGCUACAAAAAACCUACUUGUUUCCGAAAACUUUUCAAAAAGAUAUGAGCAUUACUUCCAUCUCGGAGCUAAGAAGUUUAAGAGUAUUAAAAGCAGAAGCAAUAGAAGAUUUGCCUCCUUCCAUUGGCAAUCUUAAACAUUUGCGAUACUUGAAUCUGUUUCGAUCCAAAAUUAGCGCUCUCCCAAGCUCGAUAUGUACUCUUUGGAAUUUGCAAACCCUUAACUUGGAUUACUGUGAUAGGCUUGUGGCUUUACCUAAGAAGCUAACAUCCUUACGUAAUCUCCAACACCUAUGUUUGUGGGAUUGCGAGUCCUUGCAUGAGAUGCCAUCUAAAAUGAGAGAGUUAAAUGGCCUGAAAACAUUAAGUAUGUUUGUUGUCGGUCUCAAGAGAGAUAACCAACUUGAGGAACUGGGAUGUUUGAACCUCAGUGGACGGCUUCAAAUUAAGCAUCUUGAGAGAGUAAAAGACCAUAUGGAUGCAAAGAAAGCAAAGAUUGCAGGGAUAAAAAAUCUUUCUGAGUUGAGUUUGUGGUGGCAAAGAAAUGAUUUAUCCAAGUCAGAAGAGGAUCUUGAUGAAAAGGUGUUGGAAGCACUUGAACCUCACCCCAAUCUUGAAAAACUUUUUAUAGGAGGCUUCAGUGGUAGAUAUCUUCCAGAUUGGAUGAAAAAUUCAUCUCUAAGAAAAGUAGUUUGGAUUUAUAUAUGGAAUUGCAAAAAUUGUAAGCGUUUUCCAAAUCUGGGAGGGCUACCUUGUCUCCAGUGGCUGUCCUUAAAUGAUGUGGGGGUGGAGUACAUUAUCGAAGAAGAAGAAGUUGAGAGUGGACACCCGGUUAAGAUACAGUUUGCAGCUCUUGAAUAUCUGCAGUUAAUUGAUCUCCCAAAUCUGAAGGGGCUCUCAAAGGAGCAAGGGAUUAAAGAAGCAUUCCCAAAUCUUAAAAGACUAUGGAUUGAGCGUUGCUCUUCAUUAAGAUUGCCAUCACUCACAUCCCUCGAAAAGUUGGAGGAUUUAAAAUGCAGUAGCUCAAUGUUGGCUUUAUUAUCUGAGCAAGAUAUUCCUAGGGCACUGUGCGUGGAAAUUGAAGAGAGCCUGUCAUAUUUCCCAAUAGAAAUGCUGGCAAAGUUCAGCAAGCUGCGGUCAUUGACAAUUGAGAAUGCAAAAGACAUCUCUUUCACAAGAGAAGGUCUGGAAGCCUUAAAGGAGCUUACAGGUUUAUCUCUAAAGAGUUGUCGGACAAUGAGAUGUUUACCAGAAGGGAUGCUGCGGCACCUUACUGCUCUAGAGGCUCUAACCAUAGAUUACUGCCCAGAAUUACUAGAGUUGCCAAAGGAUAUUAAACAUCUGCAUAAUCUUAAGUUUCUCAUGUUAUGUGAUCUUCCCAAGAUGACGCGCUUGCCUCAAGCCAUUGAGCACCUCACUUAUCUAUACCUUGACGGUCUUCCUAAGCUGGAAUCACUCCCAGAUCAGCUACCAUCUCUCAAUACACUCACUGUUGCUAACUGCCCAAAGGUUCUAUUGAUUCCAGCUCUGCAAAAUCUGACACAGUUAAAAGUCGUUGGAUGCCCACAACUGGAAAGGCGAUGUCAGAGAGAAAGUGGAGAGGAUUGGCACAAGAUUGCCCAUGUUCGCAGCAUCUAUAUUUCUCCAAAAUAACUUUUAAGAUGUGCUGGAAGAACUUCGGAAAGUUGGCAUUGUGGCAAGGGGCUAAGCAAGUACAACGUCGAAUGCUCAGAGCCGAAUGGAAGUUCUUUAGAAUUUGUGCUUGGGUGAAUUUCUGUGUUGCUCAACUUUUUUUUAAGUAUUUGGUGGCAAGAUUUUUUUGUGUGUCUCUACUUAGAUGAUUUCAUAUAUACUGGUAAUAAUGUGCUAUGUUUGAAAAAAUCAUUUGCCAACAAGAAACAUGUUGGUGAUAUUCUUAAUGAAAAUCUUGUUUUAAAUAUUUGAUGUGAAAUAUCGGAUCUCUUCAGUCUGUUUAUGAUAUUUGCAAUUAAUCUGGCAAGUAAGGCCUGCCAUGACUAUUUCUGUGUGUUUUUCAGACUUGCUUUGUUUGAUAUUGGCUCAAAAUCGAAAACCCUAAACUAAACAUAUGAUCUUGGUAAUUUGGUGGUGUUUUGAUCUUCUAUCUUGAAUCUGUUUGGUUUAUGUGAAAUGCAGAAACUUGUGGCAAGUUUUUGUGUUUUCUUGAAGCUUAUGUAGUUUAUCUUAUUUUAGUAUUGGAGAAUGAUUGUUUGAUGUUUGAAUAUGUUCAGGACUCUGUUCGGGCCCGAAGACGUAGAUGUGGAGCUAUCCGAACCAAUGAAUGAUUUGGGCCUUCCCUUGUCUUUUCAGAGCCAAUAAAGAGUUAUGCUUCUGCAGUUCAUUAUGUCUGCUGAGGAUUAUGAUAGACCGCAUCAGCGUCAACUUCUUUGUUUAUAAUAUGUGUAGAGAAUAUGCAGUUUUGAGGUUUAUGAUGUAUAUACACUUCAUGUUAAGUUUUUCUGAUUAUUUGAAGAUGAAGUUUUUCUUUACUA